CAAUUCGUUUCUUCCUACACAUUAUUCCCUCUGUGAUCAUAGACUCUAGAAGGAAAGAGAAAGAAUAGGAUCAGACAGGGAGAGUAAAAAGAGAUAGAUUUCAUUACUGUACCUCUUUCUUACUCUUACUGCUCACAUACCAAAUCCUCUCAACGUUACCAGUUCCAAGAGAACAUCCACCACCAAAGUCUCAAUCUCAAUCUUCUUCAAUUUACAAUCCAACAACAUGCCCGUCAGAAUUCCCAAGGCCCGCUCCUCUGAGCUCCUCACCUUUGGCGUCGGUGGUCUCGCCGCCUUUGCUCCCUUCUACAUGAUGCUGCCCGGCGCCAGUGAGAGGGUCGCAUCUCAGACGGCCAGAUGGGCACCAAGAUGGGAACGCAACAUCAACUACUUCACCAACCCCGUCGAGCGAGGCACCCAGUUCAUCGCCCCCACCGUCGAGCGCAACGUCAAGCGCAUCGACGAUAAGCUGCCCCUCGAGCGCGUUGCCCGCGGCGUCGACAGGCGCAUCAAGAAGGGCAUUGACCGUGUCGGCGCCGCUGGGUCAUCCUGGCCUAAGAGGUCGUAAGGGAAGAAAGGGGGUUGUGAGUCUACAUUACGAAAUGGGAAAGGGACACGCAGAGAGAGAGAAUGUAUAGGAUGGUUUUGCUUGGGUGGUUGUAGUCUCUCAUUUGUUUGUGGAGGGCAAGGGAUUGGAGACAAUGGAUGGUUCUGAGUGAGUGAAGGUCUUGACUCACUUGAGACCCUCCCUCGAUGGUCUGCUGGCACUCAUUUUGCUUGAUUUGGAAUUAUGGCGUUUGAUUUGGUCUGGCAUUCGGGUCAUCCAUCUCAUGUCAACAAACGAACCCCGAGGCGUGAGGUCUCGUGGGUCUCUCACACAUAUAACCUACAUAACGGCAUCGAAUUGAAUCACUUUACUUACUACAC